CUUGGAAUUAGUGUACGGAGAAUACCUUAUCAUGAAAGGAAAGCUCCAGUUUCUGACUUUAAACUCAGGAGAUCACCAGCUACAUCCUUAUUUGGAUAUUUAGCUUUAAAACAUUUUUGUUGGAGAAAUGUCUUCACAGUCAGAAAAGGAUAAAGAGAGGCUGGUUCAAGCUGCCAAAAUGUUCUUUUUUCAAAUGCAAGAUAUUUCCUUCUUUACAAAAACCCUUACUGAUUUGUUUAACAGCAGCAUGAAUACUCAGAUUAUCUUGAAAGCUGUGAAAGAAGAUGGUUAUGUUAAGGAUGUCUUUGAACAAAUGCUCAUCAUUUUCAAGGAGAUGCAGUUUGUAGUGGAUGCAAAGUAUAGCAGAAGACAAAAGGAGCCUUUAUGUUCCCAGAUGGCAACAGCUAUGCGCUCUGUGGUUGAGAAGAGUACCAAUGUAAAGGAGCUGCAACAGUCAGCUAAGCAAAUGUUCAGAAAUAUCCGUGCUUUGAUCACUGUCUCCGUGCUGAAUAGUGGUAACAUCCUGGAAUGUUUGGAAUCUUCUCUUUCACUUUUAAUGAAAUAUCCUAUCAUGAACCUUCAAUUAAGUGACUUUUACAGAAAAGACACCGAAGAGCAAUCAGAUGCUUCCACAUCUGAGGAAAGUUCAAGCCUAGUUUUAUCUGAAGUCAUUACAGUAGACACCUUGAAGAAAUUGCAGGAUACACUCAAAACUGAGAAUACUAGGAAUAUUAUUGUGUCGGCUGCAGAUCACUUGGAGCAGAUUGUCAGGACUAUGAGGCCAAUCUUAGAGAUCCUCCAGAGGACCAUAAAAGGUAUGGAAACCAAGAUUUCUUUGGCUAAGAAUGUCGGUGCUUAUUUCUGCCAGAAAAGCCAUUCUAAUCUUAUGAAUUUUCAUGGUACUUUGCAAAACCCUUUGAUGCUAGACAGGUGGUCUUUUGGGACAGAAGUAUAAAUGGUAUUCACCUGGAAAAUCAUUUACCUCUAGCUUUGUUUUAUUCAAGUAAAAAUAAAU